GGCCGAGGCCGGGAGGGGUCGGCUCCGGCCCGCAGAUGGACCGGGCAGGCGGCGGCCAGGAGCAUGGAGGCGCCCUGGGGGAGCAUCAACGUCGAGCGGGGCUGGUACGUCUCUGCCCAGGAGCCCGAAGAGGCGGAGGCAGAAGAGUCCAGCCCGUUGCUAAGCAACGAACGCCAUGGCCAGGGAUCUCGAGGUGUUUCCUUUGGUUUCUCUGUGUUUAAUUUGAUGAAUGCUAUCAUGGGAAGUGGCAUUCUUGGCUUAGCUUUUGUUAUGGCGAAUACUGGUAUCCUUGGAUUUAGUUGCUUGCUGCUGAUGGUUGCUCUCCUGGCUUCUUACUCCGUCCAUCUCCUGCUCAGUAUGUGCGUUCACACAGCUGUGACAUCUUACGAAGACCUUGGACUCUUUGUGUUUGGAUUGCCUGGAAAGGUGGUGGUGGCAGGCACCAUAAUAAUUCAGAACAUUGGAGCUAUGUCAUCUUAUCUUCUAAUUAUUAAAACUGAACUUCCUGCAGCUAUUUCAGAAUUUUUACCUGGAGACUACACUGGAUCUUGGUAUCUUGAUGGACAGACACUACUCUUAAUUAUUUGCACGGCCAUUGUGUUUCCUCUUGCGCUUCUUCCCAAAAUAGGCUUUCUUGGCUACACAAGUAGUUUAUCAUUUUUGUUUAUGGUGUUCUUUGCGCUUGUGGUGAUCAUUAAAAAAUGGUCCAUUCCUUGUCCUCUGACAUUAAAUUACAGAGAGGAAUAUUUCCAGAUUUCAAAUGCUACAGAUGACUGUAAACCAAAGCUCUUUCAUUUCUCCAAAGAGAGUGCUUAUGCCAUACCAACCAUGGCGUUUUCAUUUCUCUGUCACACCUCAGUAUUGCCCAUCUACUGUGAACUUCAAAGCCCUUCCAAGAAAAGGAUGCAGAAUGUAACCAAUAUGGCAGUUGCUUUAAGUUUUCUUAUCUACUUUGUAGCUGCCCUCUUUGGCUACCUGACUUUUUAUGACAAAGUGGAGUCAGAACUACUACGAGGUUAUAGCAAAUACUUGCCACAUGAUGUGGCUGUCAUGGCUGUGAAGUUGUGCAUUCUCUCUGCCGUGCUUCUGACAGUCCCUCUCAUCCACUUCCCUGCCAGGAAAGCUUUAAUGAUGAUACUUUUCUCCAAUUUUCCAUUCUCGUGGAUUCGCCAUUCCUUGGUCACGCUAGCACUCAAUAUAAUCAUCGUUUUACUUGCAAUAUAUGUUCCUGACAUUAGAAAUGUAUUUGGUGUGGUGGGAGCCAGCACAUCGACCUGCUUGAUUUUUGUCUUCCCUGGACUGUUUUAUCUUAAGCUCAGCAGAGAAGAUUUUUUCUCAUGGAAAAAGCUGGGGGCUUGUGCUUUGCUCAUCGUUGGAAUUUUGAUUGGAACGUUUAGUUUAGCGCUCAUCAUUUUUAACUGGACUAAUAAAUGAAAGAAGUAUUUUUCCAUGUUUUAUGAUGAGUAAGUGGCCAUUAACUUCAAGAAGAAUGAUUCUGGAAGAUGUUUGGAAGGAAUCCUCUUUAUAUGGUCUAACGUUUCUAUAAGAAAUUAACAGAAAAGCAGAACAAACUAGUAUGGAAUAGGGGAAGUGGGAAUAUAGCUGUUCUUGUUUUGUUUGUGCUAAGAUAACAAAACACUUGCCAUUUCAAUAUUCAUCUAAGAAGCAACCUCAGUGUGCUCUGAAAUAUAUUGCGACAAUCUUAUGUUUGCCUGUUCGUUUUGAUUUAAUUUGCUUUUUUUAUUGUUUUAGCAUGUGGUGUGUUUGUUUUCUGUUUUAGGGAAUUCCGUGUAUUAAAUACAUAUAGAAAAUUGCCUCUUA